AUGUCGGUCUCGCCUUUUCUUUCCGAAAAUAGCAUCUGGUCCACGAAUGCGCCUCACACCGCACUCGGCACAUCCGUCGGCGAUCAUCAGAAUGGUCUUGACACGGCUCCGUCUCUCACUGCGUCGGAGCGUGGCGAACUGUCGCGUGCAGGAGCGCACCCAUUGCCCAACAAGCCUGUAGCACCUGCUCGCACCAACUCUGCAGUAUCGGCAAGGAGCACCGGCAACACGACAGAGGAUGCUGUGCGGUCCGUCGAUCCUGCCAUGAGCAAUAGUACAGCUCUUCGACCCGGUGUCAUCGGCGGUGCCCGAGCAGGUGGUGCUGCAGGCACUGGCACUCGCGGUCAAAAGCAAUCGGACGCAAGCCGAUCCAACAGCCUCGCUGCCUCGGUUCAAAGCUUUCGUUCUGCUAACUCAGCUUCGCCUUUGCCUGGAUCGAUGCAAUCGCGGAAUGAAUUCACCGUGCCUCUUCAAUCGCCAUCCUUUCACGGUAAUACCAGCGGAGAGACGGAAUUCGGCACACCUAGGCUCUUUCUUGACGCACAACACACGCUCGACCAGGAGGACCAGGUGGCAGCUUUGUCAUUCGGUCGAGCCUCGUCUACGCUCGGCCAGGACGUACCAGCAUCCACCUUUAGCAAGCCUCGACCCAACUCCUGGAUGCAUCCUUCUACCGACUCGACGCGAGCGAUGAAUCGCGACACUUCCGACUCUGCCUUUCCUCGACCCGCCAGUAGCCAAGGCAACAGCGUCAACAGCACGGCUGUGGCUUCUCACAGCCUGGACAUUGAAGGUGCCUUCAGCUCAAACAACUUUGCGUCAAAACGUUCGUCGUCGGCCCAAUUCAGCCACGGCCCUAUUGAUGCAUCCGGUUCAGCAAGUGCCAGCCUUCUGGGUCGAACCAGCAAUCCUACCUCUCCUGGUUUUAUGAAUACUGGUUCGCUUGGACGCAACAGUCGCGUUGACCGCUCUUCAGCAGCAGCAGCAGCUGGCCGCGCCACUCCUACGCUGGCUGUGCCGUCGUACAUGAAUCUAUCCGGUGGACUUCUCUCGCCCACUGCAGCCACCAUCGGAGGCGGGGCUCCUUCCAUCUCUCAUUCGCCCGUCGGCAGCCCCCGCAGCGCGUCUGGCUUUCAGAAUGCGCUGCCCCUUCGCUCCGUCUCGGCAGGUCACAUCUUUGACAAGCCACCAAGCGCUCCGGAAGACACCGUGGCUGAAUCGCCUCUGAUUAGAGACAUGCUCGAACGACUGACUCGCGUAGAGGGUGGGAUGAAGGACUUUUCUCGCCAGAUCUCAGGCAUCUCGCGCAACGUGUCGCUCUUACUCGAACGCACCAAGAACCUUCCCCCUGCAAGCCUCUCCAACAGCGGUGGCAAUGCGCCCCAAAGUUCGGCCGUGGCGGCAUCCGGCAACCCCACCGAAGAUGUACGCUCCCUCAAUGCUCAAGUCAAUGCUCUCGCCAACAGCGUCUCUCAUCUCCUCACACUACAAGGAAACGGUCUCGGUGGUGCUGGCAUGAACGCGGCUCCUGCACUGACUGGAUUGGGCCUUGGUUCGACGGGCGGAAUGCUCGGAACGCCGCAGCUUGGAGGGCCAGGCGGCAUGGAACGUGCGGCAUCACCUCACGUAGGUAGUAUGCCGAACGGUCAAUUCAAUGCAGGUCCCAGUGGCCCUUUCCCUCCGUCGAACGCUCUCAGCCCACGUCCUCAAGGCAACGGUCGAGGUUGGAGCGGACCAAAUGCUCGAGGACAAGAACAUGGCGCAGACCGACGAUGGAACGCAUCUGCUCAGACUGGCAAUGCUCGCAAUCAAGGCGUCAACGUCGGAAAUGCUCCAGGUAGCGGCAGUGUUCCAAGCACCCCGAGCCUCGAUGAAAAUGGAGCCGGCGCCAUCAGCGCUUCACAAUUGGGAACGGGACUCAUCCAGCCAAACGCCGUCAUCUCCAAGUGGGAGCAUCUCAAUCUGCAUCCGGAUCUGCUACGCUCCAUCCUCAAAUAUGGUCUCGGACCACCCAACAAGAUCCAGCAACGCGCCUUGCCUUUCCUCCUGCGUGGCAGCGAUAUCAUUGCUCAAGCUCCUCCGACGCAAGAGAGGAUCGCCUCGUACGUCAUUCCAUCGCUGCAGCUCGUGCUCAAUGUGCUGAAAGAGACAGGCGGGCCCGGCCAAACGGCCUCAAAUCGUGGUCCCGUUGCCUUGAUCGUCUCCACCACCGUCGAUCAAGCCACGCAGGCUCAGCGCAUGGCCCUCGGUCUGGGUGCUCCGCUUGGCAUCCGCGUGCACAUGGUAGCCGCAAGCAGCAUCAACGUGCACCAGGAAGCCCAGUCGCUGGUUCAAGCUUGGCCCCACCUGGUCGUGGGAACGCCGCAAAAGAUGAGCGAGCUCUUCACAUACAUGACCAACAAUGCUUCCGCUCUGCAUAGUGGGCCGGCUGCUGCUGCAAUAAGGCCGAGUGAGGUUCGACUUGUGGUGCUGGACGAAGUCGACCAACUGAUCGCUCGAAACCUGGCUGACCACGUGAGCACGAUGCUUCGCGUUUUGCCCUUACCCUCGGCUUCUGCAGCUGUCAGCGGCGGCAACGCCAGAGGGGCAGGUGGGCUCAGUCCGGGGCUUCCUCAGGGCGCUUUGAAUGGCAUUUUUGCGCCUUUCGAAAUGGCGAACGAGGGCUUUGGAGGAGGCCACCCAGGCUCUGCCAAUACGCUCGACCGGCAGGUCGCCCUCUUUUCCAACACUGUUCCUCAAGACGUGCUCAACUUCGCCCAGUCGAUCCACCUCCGCGAAUCCGUACGCGUGCUUGUCCGUCGUGACGGUGCUGGCGGCAGCGGUGGCGGCGGCGGAGCAGGAACAGGCACUGGUCUCACCCAAGCUUCUGCAUUGGUUGGCGCACCUGGUAUGUGCGGAUCGCAUGGCACAGGCUCGGGUCUGCAGGCUCUCGGCUCUCAACGCGACAUGACGCAGGCUACCAAUGCGCUCGGUGCCCAUCCAGUCAACUCGAGCAUCAACACGGCCAAAGAUCCUAUGCUGUCCGCGUUGAAGGGAUUGCGCCAGUACUAUCUCUACGUAGCUGUGACCUCGAACGGCGGCAUGGGGCCAGCAAGUCCCGUGCCCGGUCUAUCUCACAAUCCUGCAGGAGAGAUGAAGCUCGACUUGAUCUCGGAUUUGUUGGAAGACAUCGAUUUUGGCCAGACGGUCAUUUACUGCGCCAAUGUGGCCACGCAGGAGGCGCUUAUCUACAAGCUCUCGUCCAAAGGCAUCGAAGCAUUGGGUCUCCACCGCGAGAUGAACUCCUACACGCGUCAACAAACGCUCGCCAAAUUUCGCUCGCCCUCGUCGCAGUUUGGGACCAACACGAUGGUGGGCAGCGCCACGUUUGCACAGCCGGGCGGAUUUGUGGGUGUCAGCGCGGGCAGUCGCACUCGAAAGGCGCUCGUGGUGUGCGACUUGGCGGUCAACCCGAAGGAGGUGCAUCAGGUCCCGCUAAUCGUGUUUUACGACAUGCCGCGCUCAGUCGAAGAUUACAAGGAGAAGAUCAGCUGUGGGGCUGCGGGGGCGAUGGCUAGGCCGAGCGUGUGCGUGAACGUCGUGACGGCGUCGGGAGGGCCCAGGGGCGAUGUCGAGAUGCUUAGGACGCUCGAGUGCCAUUUGGGAUGUAAGAUGGCCGAGUUGCCCAUGGAUCCCAAGCAGAUCCUCAACUUUUGA